AUGGCUGCGCCUGCCGAUAGCAAGAAGCGCCUGGCGCUCGCCAUCGUCGACUACCUUCAGACCUCGCUCAAGGACGGCACACUACAGCCCGAAGACGCUGAUUCGAUCGAGAUCGCCACCAACUGUAUCGCCGAAUGCUUCCAUGUGGAUCCCACGGACCAGGCCGCUGUGAAGGAUGCGCUGGGCGGUCAGAACCUGCUGAGCAUCUACGGAGUCUACGAGAAGCUGAAGGGCAAGAACACCACAUCCACCCCGGCUGCACCUUCAGCUGAGGGGGCUGGUUCGUCUGCGCCGGCACCACAGGGAGCACCGACCGAGGAGAGUGAGAAGCUCAAGGGCUUGGGCAACGCCGCGAUGCAGAAGAAGGACUACCAGACAGCGGCCGAUCAGUACACAAAGGCACUGGAAGUGUGCCCUCUCAACCCCAUCUACCUCUCCAACCGUGCUGCAGCCUUUUCCGCCAUGCAGAAGCAUGACCUGGCCAAGAACGACGCCGAGCUUGCCACUGCUACGGACCCCAAAUACACCAAGGCUUGGUCUCGACUAGGACUGGCUCGCUUUGCGCUUGGUGACGCAAAGGGCUCAAUGGAGGCCUACAAGGCGGGUAUUGAUGCCGAGGGCAACGGUGGCAGUGAUGCGAUGAAGAGAGGCUACGAGACGGCGAAGCGCAAGGUCGAAGAAGAUGACGAUAUGCCCGACUUGGCGGACGACGAUUCAGCACCUGCGACUCGCGGCCCAGGUGGAGCAGGUGGUAUGCCAGAUCUGAGUGGCUUGGCGUCUAUGCUUGGUGGCGGAGGUGCCGGAGGCGGCGGCAUGCCCGACCUUGGCUCCCUGAUGCAGAAUCCGAUGAUGCGACAGAUGGCCCAGUCACUCAUGUCAAACCCGGACAUGAUGAACAACCUCAUGGGAUCACUCGGUGGUGCCGGCCGCGGCGGUGGCGGUGGCGGCAUGCCAGAUCUUUCUGCGAUUAUGAACGACCCAAACAUCGCCGAAAUGGCACGUAACUUCAUGGGCGGUGCAGGCGGUGCUGGUGGUGCAGGUGGUGCAGGCGCGGGACGUGGCGCCGGCGGAAACCAAUGA